AUGGAGGAAAACCAAAAAAAAAUUAAUCCGAACAAAAUCCGUAAUUUUUCAAUUAUCGCUCAUAUCGACCAUGGUAAAUCGACCUUGGCAGACCGUUUAUUGGAAAAAACUAACUUAAAAAAUAGCAGUAAGUCAUUAGAAAGAGUGUUGGAUAGUCUUUCCUUAGAACAGGAAAAAGGAAUUACUAUCAAGUUAAAUGCCGUGCAAUUAUAUUAUCCACCGGAAAGUCCCGAACCUUACAUUUUUAAUUUAAUUGACACCCCCGGACAUGUGGAUUUUAUGUAUGAAGUUUCCCGUUCCUUGGCCGCUUGUGAAGGAGUAAUAUUGUUGGUAGAUGCGGUAAAAGGCAUUCAAGCCCAAACCCUUGCUUAUUACGAAAUUGCUAAAAAUCUUAAUUUGAAAAUUUUACCAGUAAUUAAUAAAAUUGAUUUACCUCACGCUCAAUUGGAAACCACCAAGAACCAACUGAUCGAACUACUUAAUUGCCAAGAGAGUGAUAUUUGUCUAAUUUCGGCUAAAACUGGAAAAAAUAUUGAUUUAUUGCUGGAAAAAAUUAUUACUGAUUUUCCGCCCCCUACCAAAGAUAAAAAUGAAUAUAUUGAAAAGACUGGUUUAUUUCCUAAUUUUAAGAGACAAUUUCGAAAUAUAACUAUUCCCAAAGAAAAAAAAUACUCUGUUAAUAGUGUAGGAAUUAAUGCUAAUAAUUGCCCUGAUGAAAAAUUAAAACACUUUUUAUUAGAAAUUGAGGACAUAUUAGAAAAACAAA